AUGAGACAAUCUCAAUCAAUAUUCUCCAAAUGCACUAAGAAUAUGAGGCUUAGAAAUUAAUUGAUUUUAAUAGCUUCUGUCUAAGCAUUCAUAAUUAUGUCUUAUGUUUUGGCAUAAAAUAUGAUUCAUCUUUCUCUACUAAAUGUAUACUUUUCAGACACUUCCAACAAUUUGUAUAAGGAAAGUUCAAAUAGGAUUCAAUCAAAUAUAAUAAAAUUAUAUAGAAGCUACUUUGAUAAAGUCUUCUAUCUAAGUAAUCAUAUAUAUAAUUAGAUGGUAAUACCUUAAUCUCAUUUCACAGAUUGUAUCACUAUACUAAAAAUUAAGUUGUCUUAUAAAAUAACUUCACAAUAAAUGAAUAAUUUUAAAUGCCUUAUGGUGGUAUCAAUCCAAUUCCAGAUCCACUUAGAAUAAUUAAAGGAUAUGGCAACUUUGAUAUUUCAUAUUGUUUAAUGUGUUAUUCUAACUUAAGUUCAUACAGUCAACCAAAAACUAUAGAUGAAUUGGUUGGAAUAAAAAUGUAAGAAUAAGUGCAAGCUUACGGUUAACUUUUAUACCAAGGAAAGGAUAUCAACCAAUAUUUUUUUUAUUCUUACAUUCCAAAGGAAAAAAUAACUUCUAUUUAUCCUUGUUUAAAUAGACAAUAAGGAAUUUAUAGUUACAAACCUGAAUAACGAGAUUGGUAUAUUGAGUUGUAAAGGAAUUAUGAUUAAACACAAAAUUAUGAAAAUUACAAUUAUACUUUUACAAAUCCUUUUAUGUGUAUAUAAGUUAAUCAUAUUAUUUAGUAUUUACGGAAAAAAAAAUAGGUUUAUCAAUGGCAAUGCCAAUUGUAGAUGAAUAAACUAAAUUAAUAGGUGGAGUUGGUUCUAUAUUUUUGGGAAAUGAAUUUGUUUAAGAAGUUGGACAGAGUAAAUUUGGAUUUUAAAUUAUAUAUCUAAUAUCAAAUGAAGGAAUUAUGAUUAUGCAUCCCUAUAAAGUGUCUAAUGAAUAUCUACCAUUAUAUAUAUUUAAUUAGACAAUUACUGGAUUCAAUUAGACAGAUUGGGAAGAGAUAAAGAAACAUAACGGAUCUUCAUCUUGCCCAAAUUUUGAAUUAUACAAUUCUACUCUUUAAUGUAGAUAUAAUUCUGUUUAUAAUUAAGAAAUGAUUAUUGGUAUUUAAGAAAUAGCUGAAUUUAAGAUGAUUUUAAUAAUGUAAAAUAAAUUAAAAAAGUUAGGUUGUUAAGUAGUCAAGAAUACAUAGAGUUCUAUUAUAAGUUUGAAUAGAAAUUAUCAGAAAGCUUGCAAGAAACAUUAUCUUUAAAUAUAACUACAUUAUUAGGAUUGUUGAUAAUAGUGUGCAUUUGCAUUUAUAUUCUAAUUCAGAUUCUCUUCUAUCCAAUUUAUGUAAUAUAAGAAUAUGCAAAAAAUAUGAUUUCAUAAAAAAAGAAAAAGGAAAAAACUAUACCAAUAUUUAUUUAAAGAUUUAUGAGUAAUUAAGUUCGUUAAUUGCUUCAAUCAUUUAAAUUUAUCGAAAAUAAAUUAUAAUUGUUGUCUUUUCGAAAGACAGAGUAAUGUACUUAUUUUGAGAGUAUUUAAUUUCCUUAAAAGAGUAUAUCAUUUAAAAUUCAUCUACAACAAUAUUAGAAUUUCCUUAAGAUUCAUAAUAUAAAAAAAGUAAAACUAUUGAAAAUGCAAAAGGAUCAAAAUUUUAAUUAAUACAAUUCCCAAAUGUAACAUAAUUUCUAUUUAAAAUAAAUUCUAUAGUUAGUUAAAAAGGCUAAUUUGUAUCAAACUUCAUGA